AUGAACGACGUACUCAACAUCAGUGGUGAACCAGUCUUCGACGAUUGUAUCGUCAAGAUCGAGACUCACACGUACAAUCCGUACGCCAAUACAUCGUUUAGUCACAGCGACGAGAUACGCAUACCCAUUCAACAACAAGAUGUUUACACUCUACCAUCCGACAGUUACUUAUACAUCAGAUACGAGCUCAAUGGUGUGGAAAUCGAUCAAAAUCGCAACCCUGGUGUAACAAGCACGUUAAAGAACUAUGUGUCUCUAACCAGAGAAACGGGAAACGUUCUGCGACAUGCGGGAUGGAAUUUGUCCACUAAUAAAGGUGUUGGUGAAUUCAAUUUUUGCGUACCUCUCCGCACAUUGUUGGGAUUCUGCGAGGACUAUAAACGCGUUGUGAUCAACGCGAGACACGAACUCAUUCUGAUACGAUCGCGCAACGANAACAAUAGCGUCUUUGCUUCAGCUAACAGCGGACCAACGGUGAAAUUGCACAAGGUGCAGUGGCGAAUGCCACACGUUGUAUUAAACGAUGUGAACAAAUUGAAGCUGUUGCGCACUUUGGAAAGCGGUCAAUAUUUGACCAUGGGUUUUCGCUUGUGGGAUCUGUAUGAGUAUCCGUUGUUACAGAGCACAACAUCUCAUUCAUGGGCUGUAAAAGCGGCUACACAAUUGGAAAAACCGCGUUACAUUAUUUUUGCGUUGCAGACCGGUCGAAAGAAUGUUGUCAGCCGAGAUUGCUCGCGAUUCGAUCAUUGCAACUUAUCAAAUGUAAAGUUGUUCCUGAAUUCAGAUUUCUAUCCCUACGACGAUUUGAAUCUAGAUUUUAGUAAGGAACGAUACGCCAUUUUGUACGACAUGUACGUCAAAUUCAGACGAUCCUACUACGGAUGCGACGAGGACGAGGCGCUUCUAACGUUGGACAAGUUCAUCUACUGCGGACUGCUCGUGGUCAUUGACUGUUCGCGCCAAAACGAAACGGUCAAGAGCGCCACCGUUGACGUUCGCAUUGAAUUCAACUGCAAAGAAAAUGUACCCGCCGACACAACCGCGUACUGUCUGAUCAUACACGAUCGUAUCGUCGAGUACAAUUCGCUGACCAGCGUCGUGCGGCGUAUCGUUUAA